UCUCUCUCUCUGUGUGUCUAUAGCUCUCUCUCUCUCUCUGUGUGACUCGGAGGUUAAGCAGAGAGCUCAUUCCACAACACGGCGGUCCUCCAUGGCUCUGUGCAACGGAGACAGCAAGCUGGAGAUCAGCAGCGCACAGCAGAAUGGAUCCUGCGAGGGGGCGGUGGCCAUCCUGGAUGCUGGGGCCCAGUAUGGCAAGGUGAUUGACAGACGGGUGCGGGAGAUGUGCGUACGCUCUGAGAUCCUCCCUUUAGAGACACCAGCCUUCGCUAUCAGAGAACAGGGCUACAGGGCAAUCAUCAUUUCAGGAGGUCCAGCUUCUGUGUAUGCAGAGGAUGCCCCCUGGUUCGACCCUGCCAUAUUCACUAUAGGAAAGCCUGUCCUUGGGAUUUGCUAUGGGAUGCAGAUGAUGAAUAAAGUUUUCGGCGGCACAGUACACAAAAAGAGUGUCCGGGAAGAUGGAGUGUUCAGUAUUGGACUGGACAACACUUGUUCUCUCUUCAGGGGCCUUCAGAAGGAGGAACUGGUCCUGCUGACCCACGGAGACAGUGUGGAUAAAGUGGCCGAUGGCUUUAAAGUGGUGGCCCAAUCGGGGAACAUCAUUGCCGGGAUUGCUAAUGAACAGAAGAAGCUGUAUGGGACACAGUUUCACCCUGAAGUCGACCUGACGGAGAGAGGCAUCGAGAUGCUGCGUAACUUCUUGUUCGAGAUUGCUGGAUGCACCAGUAACUUCACCGUACAGAACCGCCAACAGGACUGCAUCAACGAGAUCAGAGAAAAAGUAGACAAGUCUAAAGUGCUGGUGCUGCUGAGUGGCGGGGUGGACUCAACAGUUUGCACGGCCCUCCUCAACAAAGCUCUUAACCAGGACCAGGUGAUAGCAGUUCACAUCGACAACGGCUUCAUGAGGAAGAGGGAGAGUCAGAGUGUGGAGGAGGCCCUCACCAAGCUGGGCAUCAAACUCAAAGUGGUAAACGCAGCUCACACCUUCUACAACGGAACGACAACCCUCCCCAUCUCUGAGGAGGACAGGACGCCACGGAAACGCAUCAGCAAGACUUUGAAUAUGACCACCAACCCAGAGGAGAAAAGGAAAAUCAUCGGAGAUACAUUUGUCAAAGUGGCAAAUGAAGUUAUAGGAGAGAUGAAUCUGAAGCCUGAGGAGGUUUUCCUGGCCCAGGGUACCUUGCGGCCCGAUCUUAUUGAGAGUGCCUCUCAUCUUGCCAGCGGCAAGGCGGAGCUCAUCAAAACGCAUCACAAUGACACCGAGCUCAUCCGCAAACUCAGAGAUGAGGGAAAAGUAAUCGAACCACUGAAAGAUUUCCAUAAAGAUGAGGUCAGAGCGCUCGGGAGAGAGCUGGGUCUGCCAGAGGAGAUUGUCUCCCGACACCCUUUCCCUGGUCCGGGUUUGUCCAUCAGAGUGAUUUGUGCAGAGGAGCCCUACAUCUGUAAGGACUUUGCCGAAACAAACAACAUCCUCAAAAUCAUCACAGACUUCUCUGCAAGCGUCAAAAAGCCCCAUGUCUUGCUGCAGAGAGUCAAGUCGUGCAUAUCAGACGAGGAGGAAGAGAAGCUCAUGCAGAUCACCAGCCUUCAUUCACUCAAUGCCUUCCUGCUGCCCAUCAAAACUGUCGGCGUCCAGGGUGAUUGCCGGUCCUACAGUUACGUGUGCGGUCUCACAAGUAAAGAGUCGCCACACUGGGAAUCUCUCAUGUUCCUGUCCAGACUCAUCCCUCGCAUGUGCCAUAGUAUCAAUAGAGUUGUGUAUGUGUUCGGGUCUCACGUGAAAGAGCCGCCAACAGACAUUACCCCAACCUUCCUGACCACAGGCGUUCUGAGCACGCUCAGACAGGCUGACUUUGUAGCCCACUCUAUCCUCAGAGAGUCUGGUUACUCCAGUAAGAUCAGCCAGAUGCCGGUCAUCCUGACCCCCCUGCACUUUGACCGUGACCCUCUGCAAAAACAGCCAUCUUGCCGGCGCUCUGUGGUGAUCCGCACCUUCAUCACCAGCGAUUUCAUGACAGGCAUCCCCGCCAUGCCGGGCAACCAUAUCCCAGAGGAGGUGGUGCUGAAGAUGGUCAAUGAGAUCAAGAAGAUCCCAGGCAUCUCCAGAGUCAUGUAUGAUCUGACCUCCAAACCACCUGGCACCACAGAGUGGGAAUAAAAACCCAACAUGACGUCAUACCGAUAGGUCACACACAAUGCACAAACACACCCAACAGAUAUCAGAGAGGGCUGGUGAAUUCCUCCUUUUCUGUCCCCCUUCCCUCCCUCCUUCCCUACCUACCUCCCUCCCCUCUUCAACAUUCCCACGGAAGGCAGACCGUACUGUGACGGGCGCACACGCAAGGGCGCUUCUACUCUGCUCUCCCCACCACUCCUCCCUGGUCUUAAUAUUUUUGGCGAUAGGGAUUGAUUAAUGUUGGUUAUUGAUAAUAUAUUGUCACUUUUGAUCCAUGUACAUCAAUGUAUUUCCUCUUAACGAUGAAAAGGUGAAUUGCUGCUUCCUUUUUUUUUAAGGUCAACCAUUUAAAAGGCAAGCGGCGAUAAGCUGUGAAAAGCUCUGAAAGUGGACUUUGAUGUUGUGCCUCAGGUUGCAUUAUGGGAUGAGCUAAACAUGAAAACAAGCAAACAAAAAGUGUCGCGAACAGAAGGAGAGUUUAAGCUUAUUCUUUUCUGCCUUCUCUUUUUUUUUGUCGGAUGUUUUUGUUUCACUGUGGUGGGUCAGAAUAUUCUCAACCUGAGACUAUCCUCUCUAUUUGUUUGUUUCACUUUCUGCCUGUAAACUGUGCUAUGAAGAAGGUUGUCUGUUUUUAAAAAGUAAAAACCAAACGGGCAACCUGUGUGACCAAUCAAUAAUUUUUUAAGCUUUUUGUUUUGCCAAAAGUAGAAUAUGCUGUGGUGAUGUAUAACAUUGUGGGCUCCACUUGACGAUCUUCUCCAGGCUACAUUUGUGGACAAGAGCUCUUGACUUGUCUGCUGUGUCACACGGUGGACAGCAGAUAACCCAAGAGGAGCUUCAGUGUGAUGACUAGUGUGCAGGAGGCCAAUACGACGGGCAACUUUGUAUGUGCCUGUUGUUUAUUUUUUCUUAAUGUGACCCGACCUGGACAUCAAUGUUUCCGUAAAGGAGGAUAUAACACUGUUUCUCUUCCUGCUGCGAUAUGUAUGCUUUUUAUGAAGAAUAAACAUGGCAAGAGGAUUAAUUAAUAACAUGUUACAAGUACAGUAGAGUUUAUAACCACAUUGUGUAAAUUGCUAUUGUCUUUACAUCAUUAUUUGGCUGCUCUUUUGUUGUGCAGGGGGCACCUUUUUUGCACAUUUUGUCUUUUUUUAUUUUUCCAACCCAUAAAGAAAGCCUUGGUGCAGAAUUAUGCAUCCAGUGGGAACGUCACAUUAUUUAAGUGUGUCACUGUGUAGGGUCAAAGGUCAGGUGGUCUGUCGCCAUCUCUAACACAAGUUUCACAAGUGUCUCAAAAAAGGCAUCGACUGCUAGAUCAAUUUCGGUUGUCCAAACAUUAAGCACGUCAUAAUCUCUCGUCUCGUCAUUUAGUCCUCAGUGAAUACAGUGCUCAGGUUUAACUGAGAUUUUAAAAGUUGUAUUGUACCCCGAUAGAGCCAUUUCACUCGGACACGGCGGUUCUCAUGCCGCCAGAAUUUGUCUUUGUGCCUCUCAUUCUCUGUUCUCUCCUCAACCUGUAGUGGUGAAAAAAACUAAUGCAAAAUUCGUCUUAACUGCUAUUGGUGUUCCUCCCCCUCUGUUCGGCCUUUAAUACGUGUGUAUUUUCUGUUGCAUAUGUCUCCAUAGAAAACAACAGCUUGAUAAUAUUGGACACAUAAUUUCAUAGUUGGAUUUAAUUGCAAUAUCAAUAAGAUUAAGUUAUGCAAUUUAAUGUCUGAUGUUUUGUUUUUUUUGUUUUUUGUUUUAUAAUUUGUAUUCAACAACGCUCAUUCUCCUUAGUAACGUGCCUCAAACCAAGCCACUGCAUGCAGUUUCAACUAUGAUGACAUUUGUACAAUGGAAAACUGAGCUUUAAUAAAGAUCUCCAUGUUGAAACUUC